GAGGAAAGCGCGGGAGCGCACAUACAUGUACACACGAACAGAGGUGAGUGUGACGUCAAACCGGAGACCAGCUGACUCGUUCGCUCCGCCGUGCUCCUCGCUGACCAGCCUCGCGCUCUCUGUAAGUCUACUCCACGCGGCCGCUGCCGCACGCCCUUUUAAACGCCAAGGAGGAGGACUAACAAGGAAGGAGGGGAAACCGAGGGGACGCACGCGGGGAGACGGCUCUUAGGGGGAGGAGGAGGAAGGAGGAGGAGGAGGGAGGCUCCGUUGUCAUCAUCGCCCACAGCACGGGGACAUACAGCACUUCAUUUUGGAUACUUUCCAUGGAGACGAGCCGCGGUGACUCAAACAGAAAACCGGUGGCGGACCGCUGAGGGUCUUGACACUGCUCAUCGCUGCCCCCCGGCCCCCCUCAGCCAGGUGUUGCAUCCCCGCGCGAGCCCCUCGUGUCGGUUAAGAGGCAGAAAAGAAGAGCUGAUCCGCGCACUCGACACUGAUCCCGGAGCCUCUCGAGCAACAGCAAGUUGACAUUUUUGAAUUGUCCCUGGCUUCGUGCAGACCAUAGCGUUUGUUUAGGAAACGGAUUCUGUCGAUACAUUUUUGGGUCAUUUCUGGCCUUUUCUGUCGCCUGCCGACCUCAUCGGAUUUCUCUGUGUGUGGCAUCUUUUAAGACGUUUGGGAAAAAGGGAAGUUAACGUUGCUUUUUGCUCUUCAUCGGCAUGCGCAAAUAGGGAACGAAUGGCAAAGUAAAGCAGUCCAGCUGUGCCAACGACGCACGAGCAUUCUUGGGGUUUAAUUUAAAGGUCACAUUUCCUGCCGUUUCCGAGAGCUGCGCCCUGACGCCUGUGGCACCUCGAACCUCCGCCUUGUUUUCACGGAUCCCGGCUCUCAGUGAGGCAGCGAAACCCCGAUGGUGCGUACGGCAGGUGCGUGGUGGCUUGUGGACACACCGCCCGGUGGUUUUUAGCUUUCAGCAAAGAGACACGGUACAUGGCCAAGAUGGUACACGGUUUAUCCGUGAGAUGCUUUUCCACUCAAGUCGGAUUCAGGGGCUGUUUUUUUCAGUGGGAUACUUAGAGUGACAAUGACCUCCAACCGCGCUUUACCCCGUGCCGUGCUCGCCGCAACCCGAGAGAGAAGCACGCGCUCCAGGUUCGAUGCGCACGAGAGGACGUCGUCUGCCAAAAAUCGCUGAAUUAAUUGACAACCGACAAAUCCGUUUGGAGACAUAGACCAUAACAACAGUAGCAACAAGCGGCAGCCGUGAUGGAACUGUCCGAGGUCCGGUGCUCCAGCGCCAGUGAGGAGCUGUACACCAUCAACAAGACGCCAAGCAGCAGCAACAACAGCAACAGCAGCGGCAGCGGCAGCGCGCGACCCAAACGGCUGCUGUGGCAGAACGCGGUGCGGCACAUCACCGAGCAGCGGUUCAUCCACGAGCAGGGAGGGGUGAAAGGCAUCGGAUCGGACGAGUCCUACGACCAUGGCGCGCGGAAGCAUUCCGCUGGGCGGACAUCGGUAGGAGACCGGCACAACAACGGCGGGACUAAAGUGUUCCCGGAACGCGCCAGCAGCGACCUGGGUUUCCUGCAGAUCGACUGUGCGCCGAGCAACUCGGACUUCUUCCUGAACUGGGGCUACACGUACCGGGGCGUCAUCUUCCCCACGCUGCGGAACGCCUUCAAGUCCCGAGACUUGGAGCGGCUCUACCAGCGCUACUUUCUGGGCCAGAGGCGCAAGUCGGUGGUGGUGAUGAACAUCCUGGACGUGGUGACUAAGCUCACCCUGCUGGUGCUGCACCUCACCCUGGCAUCCUCUCCGAUGGACCCGAUCAAAGGGACGCUCCUGGGCUUCUUCACAGGCAUUGAAGUAGUCAUUUGUGCCUUAGUGGUGGUGCGGAAGGACACCACGUCGCACAGCUACCUGCAGUACAGCGGCGUGGUCACCUGGGUAGCCAUGGCCACGCAGAUUCUGGCGGCCGGGCUCGGCUACGGGCUGCUGGGGGACGGGGUGGGAUACGUGCUGUUCACCCUGUUCGCCACCUACAGCAUGCUGCCGCUGCCGCUUACCUGCGCCAUCCUGGCCGGCCUCUUCACCUCGGGCCUCCACAUCCUGGUCCAGCUGCUUAUCUCCCAGAAUGCACAGCUCUCUACCAACCAGGUGGUGGCUCAGGCGGUGUUGUUCAUGUGUAUGAACACUGCUGGGAUAUUCAUCAGUUACCUGUCGGACCGGGCGCAGCGCCAGGCCUUCCUGGAGACGCGGCGCUGCAUCGAGGCUCGGCUGCGACUCGAGACAGAAAACCAGCGACAGGAGAGGCUGGUGUUGUCAGUCCUGCCACGGUUUGUAGUUUUGGAAAUGAUCAACGACAUGACAACUGUAGAGGACGAACACCUGCAGCAUCAGUUUCACAGGAUCUACAUCCACCGCUAUGAGAAUGUCAGCAUUCUUUUCGCAGAUGUUAAAGGUUUCACAAACCUCUCCACAACGCUGUCGGCGCAGGAGCUGGUGCGAAUGUUGAACGAACUCUUUGCACGCUUCGACCGUCUCGCACAUGAGCACCACUGUCUACGAAUAAAGAUCCUUGGAGACUGUUACUACUGUGUGUCUGGUCUACCUGAGCCCAGGCCGGACCACGCCCACUGCUGUGUGGAGAUGGGCCUCAGCAUGAUCAAAACCAUCAGAUAUGUGCGGUCACGUACGAAACAUGACAUCGACAUGCGUAUCGGGAUCCACUCUGGCUCAGUGCUGUGCGGCGUGCUGGGACUCAGAAAGUGGCAGUUUGACGUCUGGUCGUGGGACGUGGACAUCGCCAACAAGCUGGAGUCUGGAGGGAUCCCAGGACGAAUCCACAUCUCCAAAGCUGCUCUGGACUGUUUAAAUGGUGACUAUGAGGUGGAGGAGGGCCACGGGAAGGCCCGCAACGACUUCCUCCGCCGCCACAACAUCGAGACCUACCUUAUAAAGCAGCCGGAGGAGAGUCUGCUCACCCUGCCGGAGGACAUCAUGAAGGAGUCGGCCAGCUCCGUUGACCGCCGGGUCAGCAGCGCCACCUUCAAUGAGGCGUCCUGGAGCCCUGAGCUUCCCUUCGACAACAUUGUGGGAAAGCAGAACACUCUGGCUGCCCUAACGAGAAAUUCGAUAAAUCUGCUUCCAAACCAUCUCGCACAAGCUUUGCAUGUCCACUCUGGUCCUGAGGAAAUUAACAAGCGAAUAGAGAGCGCCAUCGACUUACGGAGUGGCGAUAAGUUGAGAAGAGAGCAUAUCAAGCCUUUCUCACUGAUGUUUAAAGACUCCAGCCUGGAAGAGAAGUACUCCCAGAUGAGGGAUGAGGUGUUUAAGUCCAACCUGGUGUGCGCCUUCAUCGUGCUCAUCUUCAUCACAGCCAUCCAAAGCCUGCUCCCCUCUGCCAGGUUGGUAACCAUGGUGAUCCAGUUCUCCGUCCUCAUCCUGCUCCAUUCCUGCCUGGUCCUAGUUACGACGGCGGAGGACUACAAGUGUCUGCCUCUGGUCCUGCGAAAAGCCUGCUGCUGGAUCAACGAGACCUAUGCUGCGCGAAAUGUCAUCAUCUUCGUCUCAAUCCUCAUCAACUUCUUGGCAGCCAUGAUCAAUAUACUGUGGUGUGACUUCGACAAGUCCAGCACCUUGAGGAACCAGACGUACAACGAGUCGGCCUCCAUCCCAGACAUCUGCUUCUACCCAGAGUAUUUUGUGUUCACCGGGGUCCUGGCAAUGGUGACGUGUGCCGUGUUCCUGCGGCUGAAUUCUGUGCUGAAGUUGGCCGUGCUGCUGGUGAUGAUUGCCAUCUACUCGCUGCUGACCGAAGCUUUCUACACCUCGCUCUUUGUUCGCUACGACACUGUCCACCACAACACAGAAAACUUCCUGGGAACCAAGGAGACGUCUCUGCUCCUGAUGGCCAUGUUCCUCCUCGCUGUGUUUUACCACGGCCAGCAGCUGGAGUACACAGCCCGGCUGGACUUCCUGUGGCGUGUCCAGGCCAAAGAGGAGAUCAACGAGAUGAAGGAGCUGCGAGAGCACAAUGAGAACAUGCUGAGGAACAUCCUGCCCAGCCACGUGGCCCGACACUUCCUGGAGAAGGACCGGGACAACGAGGAGCUGUACUCGCAGUCCUACAACGCAGUGGGUGUGAUGUUUGCCUCCAUCCCAGGCUUUGCUGACUUCUACUCCCAGACUGAGAUGAACAACCAGGGAGUCGAGUGCCUGAGGCUCCUCAACGAAAUUAUCGCCGACUUUGACGAGCUGCUGGGGGAGGAACGCUUCCAGGACAUCGAGAAGAUCAAGACGAUCGGCAGCACCUACAUGGCCGUCUCCGGCCUGUCACCUGAAAAACAGCAAUGUGAAGAUAAAUGGGGUCACCUGUGUGCGUUGGCAGACUUCGCCAUCGCCCUCAACGAGAGCAUCCAGGAGAUCAACAAACACUCAUUCAACAACUUUGAGCUGAGGAUCGGGAUGGCCCACGGCUCGGUGGUGGCAGGUGUGAUUGGAGCCAAGAAGCCGCAGUACGACAUCUGGGGGAAGACGGUGAACCUGGCGAGCCGGAUGGACAGCACGGGUGUGAGCGGCAAGAUCCAGGUGCCCGAAGAGACCUACCUGAUCCUGAAGGAGCGUGGCUUUGCCUUCGAGUACCGCGGGGAGAUCUACGUGAAGGGCAUCAGCGAGCAGGAGGGCAAGAUCCGAACGCACUUCUUGCUGGGCCGGGUGCAGCCCAACCCACUCAUCCUGCAGCCACGCAAGAUCACCGGCCAGUACUCGCUGGCGGCCGUGGUGCUUGGCCUAGUGCAGUCUCUCAAUCGGCAGAAGCAAAAGCAGAUCCUCAAUGAGAACAACAACUCGGGCAUCAUGAAGGGCCACCACCACUACAACCGGAGGACGUUGUUAGCGCCCGGUGUCUCUGAGGUGGGAGGGGGCCAUCACGCCGAAGCAGCUGACAAGACUGAGCUGUCCUGAAGAGCAGACUGGAGUUUUAGUUCCACACAGAUUUCUCAGGGACAGAGCUGCUGCUCAGGCAGAAACAGUCCCAGAUGUGGAGUUAAAUCUCAGAAUACCGGUUUCUGACCUA